UGCAUGCUUUCCGGUUGUAGCAAAAUUCAAACGUCGUGUGUGGAGUCGACUCAAACGGAACUCGAAAGUAGACGGCCAGCCAAACACUUGGACAACGAAUUACACGGCACAGAAGAGAGCUUUUUAGAAUAGUCUGCGGUGGCAACAUGAGAGUGAGUGAAGUCCAUGCUGCGGAGUCUGUUGCCUACCUCAACAGAGCUCUUUUUAAGUUGCAGGAUAUUUGGGAAGAAAUUGGAAUUUCAGAGGAUCAACGCCUCCAGAGAACUAAUGUAGUUCAUGAGCACAUCAAAGAUUUGCUGGGCAGGAUGAUAGUCGAGGAAGAGGAGCUGAAAAAGCGAGUAUUGAAAAACAUUGAAUCCUGCCGCAAAGAAAUUAGUCAACUGUGCAGUGAACUUCAGAUGCCCCCCCUUGAGGAGGAGGAUGGCUGCACCAUGCUGCAGAUGGAGAAGAACAGCCGCACUCGUUUGGAGCUCAUGAAAGAGCACAAGAGGCAGAGAAUGGAGGAUCUCAAAAGUCUCGUUGUCAAAGACCGCGAGCUGUGUGACAUCAUGUGCACCACCCCUUUUAGCAUCAACCAAGAGACAACUCCGUCCCUGAAACAACUAGAGGACUACCGUGCCUACAUGGAUGACCUCACAAAGGAAAAGGAGCACCGUCACGAAGAAUUUGUGAGCAUAAUGCAGGAGAUCAACACAUGCAUGGAUGAUCUGGAGCGCCAGGCCGAGACCAGUUUUGAAAAGGAUGUGAUGUGUGAGGAUGAGGAGGCCUUCUGUCUCUCUACUGACAACAUCAAUGCACUGAAACAACUCCUCAGCCAGUUGCGAAAGCGCAAGGCGGAGAAUGAGGAGCUCUGCGCAGUGCUCCGCACUAAGCUCCAGGAACUGUGGGACAGGCUGAAGAUUCCCUUGGAGGAGAGGGAAGACUUUUCCGAGCACAUGAUCAAGUCCAAAAGGAGGAACAUUGAGGCACUCCAGGCUGAGGUCCAGCGUUUUGAACUGCUGAAACUCCACAGCAUGAAAAGUGUGAUCGAGGCCAUCAGAGCUGAGAUUUCUCUUUACUGGGAAACGUGCUUCUACAGCCAAGAACAGCGCGAGGCUUUUCUUCAUUAUCACCAUGAUGACUUUACUGAGGAGCUGCUCAAACUGCACGAGGAUGAAGUCAAAACUCUGAAGAGCUACUUUGAGGGCCAUCAAGAGCUGUUUGAAGGUGUCGCAAAAUGGCAGGAGAAUUGGGCUGUUUAUUUGGAACUCGAUAGGAAAGCCAAUGACACCUCGAGGUUUAACAACAGAGGUGGAAACCUGCUGAAGGAGGAGAAGCAGCGAAGUGACCUUCAGAAAAGUUUGCCCAAGCUUGAGAAGGCUCUAAAGGCCAAAAUAGAUUCGUGGGAGCAAGAGCAAGGCAAAGAGUUUUUUGUCGACGGGCAGAAGUUUCUGGAUUAUGUGCAGCAGCAGUGGGAGCAGCAUCACAUCGAGAAGGAGAAAGAGAAAAUGGAGAGGCAACUGAAGAGGAGCAAACAGACUCAGGAGGACAUGUUGUACGGAACUGCAGUGAGGACACCGUCCAAAAGGCGAAUCGCCGGAACCCUCACACCAAGCAAACAAAGAAAGAUGGGAAUGUCAACCAUGUCCACGCCUAAUAGCUUCCUCAGUUCAGGCUUCGGGGGAACCAUGGGCCAGUCUUCAAUCCAAAAGCCUCCUCUAUCUGCCAGUAAGGGUCUCGGCCUACGAACCGCUGGGCAUGCAAAGACUCCCCGUGCACUUGACCGGAACAAGGAAAACCUCGACGUCCUUAACAGAAACACUCCAUGUGGCGCACUCAGAGGGACCUGUCGAAGGCUUCUAAAUCGAAUGUGAAUUCUAAACUGCUCAACUCCACUGUCAGUCAACAGUGACCAAAGUCUUCUAGCUCUGCUGUUUGUGUGGCAAGAGGGAACCUUUGCCAAAAAAUGUAAAUAGUUUACAAAUGUGUGAACAUUUUGAUGAUCCCUUUUUACUCAGGCUUAUUUUAUCGUCACUACUGUGGCGGUCUUCCCUGUAUUUUUGUGGAAAGUAAAUGUUUGUGCAUAUGUUGACCUUUUACUUGCCUUAUUUUCAAUAUUAUUCAUGAAAUGUUUGCUAUAUCUAUCACUUCACAUUUUUAGUGCUUUAGCAACUAGUGUUCAUGAAACCUUUGCUAUAUCUAUCACUUCACGUUUUUAGUGCUUAAGCAACAAUUUCCCCCCCCCCCCCCAGCU